AUGCCCUCCCUCGAAACUCACAAUGGCUACCCCCUGUGGCACUACAUCCCCAACCGCCCGGGAGCCAUUGUCUUUGUCGUCUUGUUUGCCUUGAUGACGGCUCUGCAUGGCACCCGCAUGGUCCGCCACCGCAUGUGGUUCUGCAUCCCCUUUGUCAUUGGCGGUGUCUUCGAAAUCAUCGGCUACCUUGGCCGCGUCCUAGCCUACGACCAGACCGGCGAACUCAUCCCCUACGUCCUGCAGUCCGUCUUCUUGCUGCUCGCCCCCGUCUUCUUUGCCGCCACGCUCUACAUGACUCUGGGCCGCGUCGUCCUGUACACCAUGAACACCGUCAACGACGCCGCCCACGCGCACCACUCGGUCCACGCCGUCGUCGCCGCCUCGUCCCUGUCGCUGCUGCCGCCCCACUGGACCACCCGCGUCUUCGUGGCGGCCGACGUGGUCAGCUUCUUCAUCCAGGCCGGCGGCGCCGGCAUUCUCGUGCAGGCCCACUCGGCAUCGUCCUCCAAGACCGGCCAGAACGUCAUUGUCGGCGGUCUCGUCUUCCAGCUCGUCGCCUUUGCCGUCUUCGUCCUGUCCGCCCUUGUGUUUGACGUCCGCAGCCGCCGGCACCAGGCGAGCAGCCCCGUGGCCCGCAACAUCCUGGCCAUGCUCUACACCACCUCGCUACUCGUCAUGCUACGCAACGUCGUCCGCGCCGCCGAGUACGCCACCGGCCAGGACAGCUAUCUGCUGACGCAUGAGUGGGUCAUUUACGUGCUGGACGGCGCGCCCAUGCUGGCUGUCAUGGCCGUCUUUGCCGUGGGCUACCCGGCGGCCCUGCAGCACGACCAGCGCGGGAUGCAGCCGGUGGCCACGCGGGCAAGCGACAAUGUCGAGCUGGCCGGCGGGCGCAAGUCGAACAUUCGAACGUAG